AGGGACUUCUGGUUUUUUUGUUUUUGUUUUUGUUUUUUUGACAAGCAGCAACAUGUUUGUCAUUUUAAGGUAGAUACAAUUAUUAGGUUAUUGUCAUAUUAUAAUAGUUAAGUUUUUAUUUUAUGUCCUUUAAGAUACAUUAAAAAAUAAAAACAAAAAUACAUCAACUGCAAACAUGAAGAGGAGAAAGCAUGGUACCCAACAAAAUUCCACAUUUCAGCAAUACUUCUUUCAGUUUUCUAGUAAAGUUUUAAGAAAUGUCAUAAUGACAUGAGUUGAAAUAGCUCUAGGCAUUCACUCUCUUUGAUGCUCAUGAUGUGGCACUGGUGAUGUUGUAAUCAGCAGAAAAAUAGGGGCUACCAAAUGACCAAAGUAUGGAGGCACAGGCCUGCUUUUCCCCCGCAGGAAUACACCAAAUGGUGAUGGCAAUAAUCUAACACCCGCACCAGGACAGGGUGUCGCACAAUGUAACUAUUCAUGUGCAGAUGCCUGACUGUGCUCAGUGUAGUGCUUGUCUACCAGAACUACUGUGCACUUCUCAAUCAUGCUGAUACUGGGAUUGAACCCUGCUCUUGACUGGCUGAUGACCUCUGGAAUGAGGGUAUUGUGCCAAAGCAGUUUGUGUGCUUUCAUGAUGUGGACGAUAGCAGUUUGGAGAUACAGAACUUCCAAUCUGUUCCAGUUCUUGUGGUGUGUCCUUCUUCAUUGAUGUAGUAAUUUAAAAUUUUGUUCUCUUACUGCUGAGCUCAUAUUUCAUGAAAAUGAAGAUUCCAUAUCGAUAUUUUUCUUUUCUGAAUCACGGUUAAUCAUCUUCACCUCAAGUAAUGCCUUGACCAUUUUGGUCAGCUCCUUUUUGUUCAUAUGGCUACUGCCUUGGAGUUAGUUCUUCAUAGUUGACCACUUCACUGUUGCCGAAGGCAAGAAGAACUGCCAUGUGGUAGGUCGUAACCAUAGCUACAUGCGUUUUUGCCAAAUAGUUCAUUUUAACGUCACCUGUACAGAACAAAUUUAGUGUUGGAACCUUCUGCAGAAGCAGGGCAAGGCAAGGGCCUGGGUAGGGAGGCAGCCUGCAGGAGGCAUAAAGGACAAAGCCAGCCCACCUGCCCACCUGUGCCCCCCAACCCCUGCCCCCUCACAGCCCGCCCGCCCCUCCUCCAGUGGUAGCGGUGAGCUCCAGGAAGUAUUUCUUAAGAAAAUUACUCAAGAGACUCUUCCUCAAUUCCAUUUUAGUUACAGAUUCUUUAUCUAUAGAAGCUACUCAUUAAUCUUACAUACUGGGUUAGGGUGUGGUCCAGAGACGGAACUACAAAUUCCUUGUCUUGAGAGAAUGUGUACCUUUUUGAGCAGUUACUCUUGAAAAAAGUUAGUGGGAACGACUCUAGGACAUCUCCAGUCAGGAAACAAACAGUGAGAAGUAGGCAGGCACAACUGGUGUGCCAGGUUCUCUAACCUUCUGCUGAGCUGAAGCCUACUUGUUUUGUGGAAAAUGUCUAAAAUGAAGAACCCCCGGACUUUUGAGGAGCAAACAGAAUGCAUCAUGAAUGCUCUACUCACAGACUUUUUGACCCCAACAUUACAGGUUGCUAGCCGGAACCUACCGGAGGCAGAUGAACCAUAUUCAGGAGAGGCUUGCUCUUUUGAUGUGUCUAUUAUCGCUGGCCGCCUUCGAAUGCUGGGUGACGAGUUCAAUGGAGAACUGGAAGCUUCUGCCAAUAAUGUCAUUGCAAAAACCAUUCAAGGACAGGCAGGAACUAUACUCAAGGACACAGUCCAGUCUCUCAGCGUGGCCUGGUGUGCUCAGAACCCCACCCUAGCUUUUGAAAGAGCCUUUUUGGCAGUGUCUGUGAAACUUCUUGAACAUGUGGUCCAGAAGGCUCCUGAGAUGGCAAGACAGGUGGCUAAUUUCAUGACGGGCAUGAUCAAUGGGAACACAGCCAUCCGAGAAUUUAUCCAGGGCCAGGGAGGAUGGGAAAACCUGGAGAGCUGAAGAAGUGGGGUGUGACCCAGACUGAGCAUCACUUCCUCUGAUGUCUGACAGUUAAAACACCUUUCUUCAACGUGCCCAGUGUUAGGUUUACUGACUGUUGACUUUGGCCACCUCCAGUGGUGUCAUAUUUCCGGUCCUUGCUUGAGCUUCUGAAGGAGUUGGUUGAAACAGAGACCUCUCAACAAAGUCAUUUUUUAGUGGUGACGUGUCGAGCAUGAGACAGACCUUUGAUGGAGAUAUUUUGAAGGAGACAGUACAUCAUAAAUGUUUUCUUCAGAUUUAGCCCUGUCCUUUGUUGAGAAUUUUGUCUGCUAGUGAUUUUGGAAUCUAAAGGAUGUCAGUUUUCAGUUAAAAAUCUUAUUUCUUCAAGUAAAGGAUUUUCUUUCAGGUCCACCUUAAGUUUCACGUUUAUUUCCCCUGAGCAGAAUUUAUCUAUCCAUUCUAGAGAUUGGAGGCCAUAAUCAGCAGCUUAUUCAUCUAAAUUCCUAAUAUCAAAGAAAGAUGAAACAGCUGUUGUGUUUUUAUUGUCAGGAUGUAGGAAGUGCUGGCCCAUGUGCAGGACCACUGGUCCGCCCCAGCUUGGCUGAUGCUAAUUGCAUACUGUAACAGGGCCCCAGACCUAAGUGGGCCCCCAAACCAGAGCACAACCGACUCCAAGAUGCAAGUACCCUUCAGGCUAUAAAACUGCAUCUUAAGUUAUAUGGCCAGUUAUGUAUCAGUCCAGUAAAAUUAAUGUUCCUUAGAAACAAGUACACCUCUUUUUGAGACAGGGUUUCUCUGUGUAGUUUUAGUGCCUGUCCUGG